ACCAUGAAGGUGAAGCGGAGUGGGCGGGGCGUAGAUCGACGGGAGCGGGGCAGAAGUCCUCCACCCUGUGAUCGCAGCGGCAGAAGCAGGAGACUAGACACUCAGCAGAGUUUGAAGAUUGAGAGACAGUCGGUCAAUCAUCAGCUCAUCUGGACAGUUCAAUAAUGAGUUGGCACUCAUCUCAUCUCCCCAUCCUCGUCCUCGUCUCUUUCCUCACCCUCUUGGUCGGGAGAGAAACGGUGUCAGGAUUCAGGAUCUGCUCCUACAACGUGCACAAGUUCGACUUCCAGAAAGCUUUAAAAUACAGACUGGUACACACUUUGACACGGAUUGUGUAUCGCUGUGAUAUCUGCCUCCUGCAGAACGUGGUAGAUCCUGACAGACGAGCCAUCAACUCCCUGCUGUCGUCCCUCAACAGGGAAUCUGCCAGGUAUGAUGGCUACAAUUACAAGUCAGUGUCCAGUAAAGGUCUGGGAAAUUCUCCGGAUGAUAUGCAGCAGUAUGUUUUCAUCUACAGGACACAGACGGUGAAUGUGACGGACCGUUAUCAGUACGAGAGCAAACCGCGAACCUUCGUCAGAGAACCGUUUGCCGUUCAGUUCCAAAGCGAGAAUACCGCAAUCAAGAAGUUUGCCUUGGUUGCUCUCCAUACGGAGCCCACACAGGCCGUCCAGGAGAUUGACCAGCUGUAUGACGUCUUUGAGAAAGUCAGCAAGAAGUGGAACAACGCGAAUGUGAUGUUCCUGGGAGAUUUCCACGCCGGCUGCGGCUACAUGACCCGAAGCGACAAGAAAAAUAUCAGACUGUUCACCAACUCAAAGUUCUCCUGGCUGAUCGGAGACAAAGUGGACACCACCGUCAAUACAGGAACCAACUGUCCUUUUGAAAGGAUCGUGGUGCAUGGGAAAGCUUUCCUGAAGGAGAUUACUCCUUUCUCCGCGAAGGUCUACAACUUUGGCAAGGAGCUCAAACUGAGCAGGACAAAGGUGAUGGAGGUGAGCGAAAACUACCCUGUGGAGGUGAUGCUAAAGAGCCCCGCCCUUCUCCUUCAGGCCACGCCCAUCACAAUCCUCCUCAUCUUCUCCGCGGUCGUCCACUGCCUCCUGUGAUCGUCUGCUCUGAAGCGAGAAUCACCGGGGUUCAUAUGGCUAAAGUAACUCUGACUGAGAUGAAAACCAGCCACACGAACAGGAAACAUAUGAUCUGUUUUCAUACGAUGACUGUUUAAUCAUCUCAUUAUCUGGUUGAGAUAAAUUGUGUUUUUGGGGCGUUGGUAUUUAUUUUACAAUCCCAGUUUUUUUACCUCGAUCUCUCCGGAUUUUAUUAUCACACAUAAUGAACACUUAUCAUAGCACUGACUGUUGCAUGCCCAUUCAACACACUCUCUGCUCCUCUGUCACUUCUGCGUAAUAGGAAAAAACUAUAUUUUUUUCAUGCUCUUGUCAAUUUUGAGAUUUUUCUUCCAUGUCGACUGUGAGUCAGUAAAGUGGACCUUAAUAUGAUUUGUCCAUUUGCUGUUUACAACGUUGCUCGACACCCGGGUUGGAAUAAAACUCAGAAUUCUCCUUUUAACUUCUGUGACGGAAAAACAGUUGAUGAAUCAUUUUUAAUCAUUGAGGGAGAUCAGAGUCAAGCAGUUGUUUUGGGCUGCGGUUGAAUAGUUAACUUUGCUUAGGAAGGUUCUUAACUGACUGAUGUGACCUGGCAUAACCUGGUUGAAGCUUCUUUCCUUCAACAGCUCUAAUAAUGACUGCUACUCACCUUCCUAAGAAAAAAAACUCUUCAAUCGCAGCCCUGAUGUAAUUUCUCAAUCAUCAUCUUGUGCGUCUGUCGGUCGUCUGUUCGACUCUGUACAGAAACUGAUGUAAAUAUUUGGAAAAUUAAUUUUUAUCGUUAUUAUUAUAUUCAGUAACGGUUUUUAUGUUAAAGUUAUUGCAUGUGGCCUGUAUUUUUUGUUUUUUUUACAAAAAUAAAAGCUUUUAAAAUCAAAGAAACCAAAUACGCACAAAAACAGAAAGUACUAUGAGUAAAAGAGACAAAGGUUUAAAAUCCAGUUGUGAAAUGAAUUAAGAGUGUUUGAAAUAAGCAAAAAUAUCACACGAUUAAAAAUAUCACGUUUAAAAACCAAA